AUGUUCAAGGCGGCCAAACGCUCUCCUGGGACAAGGCUUACAAACACCCCGACCGAACGCCUGGACGUGGGUGAAGGCAAGGAGAAUCGACCAUUGCCCUUGCGAAUGGCGCCCAGGGUUCUCGACUUGGGCUGUGGGACGGGUGUAUGGAUGAACGACAUGGCCAAGGAAUAUCCCCGUGCCCAAUUCGUAGGCAUCGACAUCCAUAACAUGUCCCACAACAGCCAUAACGACAACAUCACUGUUUAUGCCCCCUUCGACUACGAAAGCCCUUGGGCCAUAGGGGAGAAAUCUUGGGAUCUGAUCCACCUUCAGAUGGCACUGGGCAGCGUGUCCGACUGGUCUGGGCUGUACCGCAAAAUCAUCAAGCACCUUGUCCCUGGAACCGGCUGGUUCGAGUCCGUCGAGUUGGAUUUCGAGCCGCGUUGUGACGACGGCAGCUUGAAGCCGGGCAAGUUGACCGAAUGGUGGGAAAUCUACUUGAAGCAUUUUUACCAGACCAUCAACCGCCGCAUCCAUUAUGACCCCAACACCGGCGAUCUGCUCAAGGCGGCUGGAUUCAAGGACAUCCACCAUGCCGUCUACAAGAUCCCGCUCAAUCCGUGGUCGAACGACAGGUCGGAGCACCGCGCCGCAAUAUGGUGGGGGCAGGUCAUGUCUCGCGGCACCGAUCGCGACGGCGGCUACGGCAUGGAAGCCCUCAGUCUGGCUCCCUUGUGCGGGUACAACGGCUGGAAGGUGGACCAUGUAGAACGUCUCUGCGAAGACGCCCUGACACAGGCCGCCCACCCGGACUGCCACGUCUACAACAACCUUCACGUCUGGUGGGCGCGGGCUCCCGAGAGUACUGGUUUCUGA